AUGGAUACUGUUGGAAUAUUGGUAUGCUACAAUGGAAGUUGGGUUCGGAAGGAUAACAUUGACAGUUAUGAAGGUGGGGAGGCUAAAGGCAUAAUAGUGUCACGGAACAUAACGUUUCCCGACCUUGUUCAGCGCAUUUAUAAGAUUAUGGAUGCAGAUCCCAACAAAUACAUUGUCACACCGAAGUAUUCAGUUCCUAUAUCCUCAUCUGUCUAUAAGCACAUAAGGGUUGAACACAAUGAUGAUGUUCAAUAUUUUCUAAAGUACAACAUAGAAGUUAUGGCCUCUAAAGUAACCCCUUUAAUAGCAAGCUUGAAAAAUAUAGAAGGUCAUGGUAUUGAAGGGUGGAAUGGCAAUGUAAGCAUUGAGAGUAGCAAUGCUCCUACUAAAUUUGAUGUUAAUUUUAAAAGUGUCGAAAAUAUAGUUGUUGAUUUGUGUGAACCUAGCAACGAAGAGGAACCGUACUCUGCGCCAAAUAUGCAUCGUCAUGGGGACAACAAUUUCGAACCCUCCAUUGUGCAGCGUAGACAGGUGCAAUCUGAACCUUCCCGACAAUCAAUUUCGACUGGAAUGCAAACAAGCUGGAUUGAUUUGAUGCAUGGUCACAGUUUGAAACAGAUUGAUUAUGGUGGAGGCCUUUGUUGCAUAAAUUGGGAAGCAAAUUUUAAGGUUGGUCGAGUUUUUCCAAAAAAUGUUUCCCUUUUAAAAACCAUAAGUUUAGCAGCAAUUAGAGGCCACUUUCGAUUGAGAACCGUCCAAUCUGGGAAGCGUCAGUUGUGUGUUCGUUGUUGGCAACUUUCUUGCCGUUGGCAAGUUCGGGAAUAUAAAGUUGGAUUACAUGAGUUUAGGGUUUUUAAAUAUGAUCCGUUUCAUGAAUGUGAUCUAAGGUAUGUAACCAGUCACCAUCCUCAAGCUACGACUGGAUUGCUGUUCGACAGUGUGAAUUGGAGAUUGAAGGAUUCGCGCACCAUUUAUACUCCAGUUGAUAUCAAGAAAGAUGUCAAAACAAAUUUUGGGGUGACCAUAAGCUAUGCUACAGCUUGGAGAAGCCGAGAGUUAGCUUUCAAAACAAUUAGAAGUUGUACGUGUAGGAAGUUUGACUUAGAGCAACUCCCGUGCAAGCAUGCUAUUGCGGUAUGUCGACACUUGAAAUUGAACCCCGACUCCUUGGCCUCUUCGUAUUACACACGAGCAACAUGGGCAGCUGCAUAUGCUAAAUCCAUUUAUCCUGUACCACCUCAAGGGACAUGGGUUAUUCCCGAACAUUUGAACAAUAUAAAAAUCCUCCCUCCUCUUUCUAAGGUUAUGGCGGGGCGUCAUAAAACACAAAGAAUACCUUCUAAAGGAGAGGACCGGCGUGAAAACAAAUGCUCAAGGUGCGGUGUGAAGGGCCACUACCGAAAUACAUGCAAACAAUCUGUCCCCGUCACCAACAAGCAGCAGGUUGUGUAG